AUGACGCAUAUUAAUAACAAAUUUGGGGCGAACCUUCUCCGAGCGCCAUUAACACAUCUCAAGGUUGCCAUUGCCCGUCGCUCGUACCCCGUGCCGUCGGGCAUCUUGGCGCUCGAGUGCCCGCGUCUGCCCACCCUGCUCGCCGAGCACGCGUCGGGUGACGCUGAGCCUCGUCGUCAGCAUGACGGUACCUUUGUGAGGAUCCCCUUCUUCCUGUUGCUCAAGACGUGCUGUGCGCAGCGGCACGAUCUGGGUAUGGCCAUCGAGCACUGCAGCUCUGUUGGCAUCUUCAUAUCCGACCAGUCGAGCGACCGCACUAAGAGCUACAAGACGCGUGUUGAAGGCAGCGAUAUGUGCGCGCUCAUCAACGCUUCCCCCUACGCUACGUCGAACGCCACCGCCCCGACCGUCGUCGAGACGUACGACGAGAACGCGAACGGGCCGUACCUGCGCUUCCUGGGCUUUGAAUCGCCAUCGUGA